AUGAGUACCUGCCGGCACCCCCACGUGCUGUCCCUCUCCCACCGUGGGUACAUACAAGGCGCCACGAUCUCCUCCAAGCAAACGGGGACCCCGCUCUGCCAUUUCUACGGAGGAGUGCGUUAUGCGCUAGCUCCAGCCAGCCGCUGGAGGAGAGCUCAUGCAUUGCCCUCGACCUUCACUUACGGAACAAAGGACCAACCGGGCCUCUGUGAGGAAGGGGCCAGCGUCUGUCCCCAACCGGGAUUCCGAGGUCCUGCAGAUGAAAGCCGAUGGAACGAGGAUUGCUUCCAAUGCAAUGUCUGGGUGCCAAUUGGAGAGCCUCCAAAAGAGGGCUGGCCUGUCUUUGUCUUUAUCCAUGGCGGAUGGUUGCAAUUUGGCACCCCGAAUACGGUAUCUGUCUCCUCACUACUGGGCGAAACCGAGUUCAAAUGUGUGAUGGUGAUGCCUGCAUAUCGCCUGAACGUGUUUGGAUUCCUGUAUUCAGCCGAAGUACAGGAUGAUGCAUCUGCUGCAGGAGAGACGGUGGGCAACUUUGGCUUUUGGGACCAACGGUUAGCCUUAGAAUGGAUCAAGGAGAACAUCAGCCUCUUCGGAGGGAAUCCAGACAACGUCACUUUGGCCGGAUAUUCAGCGGGUAUGAAAACCAAAAUAAUACGAUGGGGCAUUGCUGACAUUCAGACAGGAGCCUACUCUGUCUUCUACCAAAUAGCGUACGAGGUGCGCCUCCCUGAAUCGCAGGCUAUCAUCAAGCAGGCCUGUAUCUGGUCAAACGGCCCCGGGAUGCAGCCGAAAUCACUCCCAGAAACCCAAAAGCAGUUCGACCAGCUGGUCUCCGCGCUCGAGAUCCCUGUCCAUCUCACCCCAACAGAGAAGAUGGCACAGCUCCGGAGCAUCCCCGCGAAAAAGCUCCUCGCCGCCGCCGCAAGCAUUCCCCUGCACCAGUUCCGGCCGGCGACAGACUCGUGCUUUGUGUCGCGGGGCCUGUUCGCCACCCUUAACAGCGGCGAGUUCGGCCGCGCCCUUGCCGCCCGCAACAUCCGCCUCCUCCUGGGCGAAUGUCGCGACGAACACGCCCUGUAUGCCCUCUGGUUCCCGCCGCGGGCGGACUCGCUGCCCGCCCUCCGCGAACGCCUACUAGCAGACUACCCAGCCGAAAAUGUCGACAAACUCAUACCCCUCUACUACCCGGAUAACAGGCUGCCCCCGCUCUGUGCCGACUGGAGGAGCCAAGGGUUCGGCCGCAUCUACGCCGACAUGCAAGUGCACACCGUGCAGCGCGGGCUGGUCGCUUCUCUCGCCCGCGCGGGCGCCUCCCACCUACUCCACCGGUAUCGAAUCGAGUACCGCCUGCGCUGCGUGGACGAGGUAUACCCGCCCGAAUACGGGGUCACGCACUCCACAGACCAGUACAUCUGGUUCUGGGGGAAUGGGUUUUCCAUCUCCGAGCAGGAAAAGAAAACGAUCAGCGAGGCGUUGAUUGGUCCGUUGGUACGGUUCGUUCGCGGGGAGGAUAUUCGUGCGACAUGGGGGACUAGUGGUCAUCGACAGCUUCGCCGGCUGCGAAGUGAUGGAAGGGUCGAUAUUUGGGAGGACGAGCUGUGGGAGGAUGCCAUGCGGGUGUGGACUGCUUUAUCGAGCGUUAGACCUAGACUAUAA